AUGCCUCGCAUCCUCGACUCCUUCGAUAGCUGUGCCGUCUCUUCUCCUCCCAACAACGACGAUCGUUGCAUCGUCGUGCUCAUCGAAUACUGUUACCUGAAAAAACAGAGUACUCUGUUCUUCUGUAAGCCAGGGGAUGAUGAUGAUAAGGGUUGGCGGAAACAGAGAGUGGAGCCAGAGGAAGGUCAAUGUGGGAACCCUCACGCAGCCCAUCUCUCCUACUUUCAAAACGUGGCCAGCUUCAAUGGCGAUCUAUACGUUGUCGCGGCUUGCUGCGAAAGCCUCCUCAAGGUCCAAUUCGUCAUCGAUGACAAUGGCGACGCCUCGAUCAAGUUACUUGAUCUGAAGUUGAGGAGACCGAACCCGAAUUGGGCCGAUCCUUACUUCGUCAGGACCACUUUGAUGAGCUCUUCCUUCCUGAUCCAGGCCUCCCCUACCGAACUGAUGACGGUGGAGCUGUACUACGGCGACCAAAGAGACUCCGCCGAAGGCUUCGAGGCUGGCGUAAGGAGAAUCGAGCUGUACAGGGCCAAUUUCGAGGAAGAAAAAUGGGAGCACGUGGAGGAAUUGCCCAAGGACACUGCAAUUUUCUUGGGCUUCCAUCAAGAUAACGUGGUCUCGUACGAAGUUCCGAGCAGACAGGACUUGGAUCGGGGAGGAGGAGUCGUUCGCGGGAACACGGUGUACUUCGCGCCGACGGGAGACGGGUACAUUUAUGCGUAUGAUGUUGAAGAGAGAAGUAUAAGUGUGUGGUUAGCCAGUGCUAAGGGAUAUGAUGAUUCUGAACCGAUUUGGAUGGUGCCCCAUGGAUGGCCGUCUUCAACAACUAAUCCUCGUCGACGGGAAGUCGUGGCAGCUAAUUCUAGAGGUCGUGGUGGAUCCGAGAGCUUCCCUGAUGAGAUUGGUAGUGAUGAUGAGCAGAUUCUGUUGACGGACAACAGCAGUAGCAGUAGUACUACUGAUGAUGGACGACAUUGGUCGCACGACAUUCCAGUCGAGCUUCUUUCUGAUGUACAAUCUCGUUUGUUUGGAGCGGAUCGUUGCAUUUUUCGCCUCGCUUGCAGGACAUGGAACUCUGUAUUCUCCGGCUCGAUCUCUGCAUCGUCGAAUGUUUCAUUCGUGAAGGCGACGGACUCAUUUCCAAUCCUCAUACAUAUAGGGAAAGAUGCAGAGCUAGCCAAUCUGUUCAACCCGAUAAGCAAUGUGACCGGCAUCUUGUCUUUGGAUGGUUCGAGCCUGGCAGGCGCUGUCAUUCACUGCUGCAAGCACGGAUGGUUGCUCAUGUCGCGAGGAGGUCGGGCUGGUAAGCUAUUCUUUUUCAAUCCUUUUACCAAAGAAAGGAUCGAUCUUCCUAGCAUGUUAUACGAGUUUGAAGGGAUCGCCUUUUCGUCUCCUCCAACAUCCUUCGACUGUGUGGUUGUGGGCUACACAGUUUCGCAGCAGUAUGUGACCAUAGCCUGCAUUCAUCGAGGGGAACAUGAGUGGACUCGACGUGAACUAAUGAACGAUGGUUUGGUAUUCAGGAGCUCUUUCAGCACACCAGUUUACCACAAAGGGAGACUAUACAUUUUGGGGAAGGAUGGACGUCUUUGCAUUCAUAACUUUAAACAACGUAGAACCAAAUUUACAAAUUCUGUUGCUAGACCUCCAACACUGAUACGAAGAAGCUAUUUGUUUGAGCACAACGGGAAGCUUCUGUCCGUGCUUAUACAUCACAUGGGGAAACAUGUGAAAUUAUACAAGCUCAAUCGAGAAACUAUGGCUUGGAACGAGCUGUAUGAUCUCGAAGAUCGGGUGCUGUUUUUGAGCUCCGCGUCUACAUUAUUAACAUCAAACGAUGAAGAGACGAUUUCCGGCUUGGGAAACAAGAUGUUUUUGGACAGAUUUAAGGAGAAAGAUGGUGUGUUCUACUCUCUAGCAACAAGAAAGUUUCACACUCUCUGGAGCGGAUAUAACAGCGUUGACUGGUGCAGCACCAAAGAAUAUAUGAACCGUGCAUGGAUUGAACCAAACUUCGAAAUGCACACCAAAGAAGAGCUUCAAUGGUUUGAUCUGGCAGGUCAUGUAUACAUGUAG